AUGUCGUUUCCAGUUACGGGAAAUGGGGAGGAUGAUUUGGUAAAGAAAUUAGAUAGUGUCUCUUUGUCCAACAAGGAAGAAGGAGAUACCGAAAUUGUGGGCAAGGAUAUUCUAGUUGGGGAAGAGGAUGUCGGGCGAAGUCUAUUUGGGAAAAUUAUUGGCGAUAGAAAGGCAAUGCUUCUGGGAGUUAAGAGAACCAUGUCAGCAAUAUGGAGGAUUCAACAGCCAAUGGAAGUUCGAGAAUUGGACUCCAAUUUCUUUCAAUUUGUCUUCCAGUCCAAGGAAGAUUUGCCGAAAGUAGCGGCCAGAAAUACCUGGUUAUUUGAAAAUCAAUAUUUAAUCUUGAAGGAAUGGAGAGAAGGGAUGAGCUCUAAUCAUCUUUGUUUUGAUGAAGUGGUGCUGUGGGUACAAGUCCAUAAUGUACCAUUGAACUGGAUCUGUACGGACGUGGGCCUGAAGGUAGACAAUGUAUUUAAGGGGGUUAAGAACGUGGUGAUACAUCAAUCCAGUAAUGUAGCUGGUAGACAUCUGAAGCUUCUUGCAGUUAUUGAUUUAAAUGAAGCCAUACCAAGAUGUACGCACAUUCGAUUGGAAAAUCAGCGGGUGAGGGUGAAUUUCAAAUACGAAAGGUUAGUCAAUUUGUGUUAUUAUUAUGGCAUGAUUAGUCACUUAGAUAGGAUCUGCAAAAAAACAACCUCAGACAUUGGGAAUCACAAAAUGCAAGAGGGGCAGUAUGGGGAGUGGCUAAAGGCUUCUAUGUUCAAUUCAAGUAGUCACAGUGGUCCUUCAUCUGGGUCAGGCCUAAAUGGGACGAAUUCUCCUCCUCCAAAGCCUAAUUCAGCAGCUUCAAACGCAGAGUUCAAGAAUCAGGAGAAACAGACAGGAGAGAGCUCGAAGAUGCAAGAGCUGGAAUUUAUACCAGAUGGUGGCAAAGGGGAGAGUGGCACAGAAAAGGGGAAGGAUGUGGAACAAGGGGAUGUUGGAAAGAAACUGGAAAGAAGUAUUGAUUUAUCUAUUUCUCAUGAACAUGGACAAGAUUUGGAGACACCCUCUCCCAGAGAAGGCAUAGAGACAAUGGAAACUGAAGUACUUCCCAAUAGCCUGGUACAAGUAAGGGCAGAACAUCUCGAGGAUCCUUCACAAUCUCAUCAGAAACCUAAGGUUAGCACAUGA